AGAAUGUUUGGGUGUUACCAUCAACAGCAAAAGAUGAUGAACACAGUAUCACUACUAAUAGUGAUACUAUUGAUAGUGGAAGGAAUAGAUGGACAAGGUUUUGAAUGCAGUGGUCCAAAUAUGUGUGUGUGCAAACAAGGAUGGCAAGGAGAUAACUGUAAUAUAGAUAUUGAUGAGUGUUUUUCUGCUGAUUCUGACAAGUUGAAUGAGUGUGAGUGGGAGGACUCUUGUGUUAAUACUCAAGGAUCCUACAACUGCUCAUGUAUGUAUCCUGAUCUACUGGCUAAUGAUGCUAGAAGAUGUCUAGGAACUAUUACAGUCACUGAUACUGUCAUUGAUUCCUAUUGGUUUAUUCUUAAUUUCAAUCUCCCAACUAACGACACUUUGGAUGGACCAUUUGAAGGAACCUCAUUCAACUGCACUGCUCCUAACUAUGAACCAGUCCAGUCCUUUGCAGUGUAUGGCCAUACUUCAGUUAAUGUUAGUGGAGUCAUUCCAUUCACUGAUUACUCAUGCUGUGCUACUCCUCAUUGGAUGGACAAGGGAAAUGGCAGGGAAGCCUGUGUAAAUAUUUCUACUUUGGAAGCUGUUCCUGAUAAAUGGCCGGAAUCAUUUGAGAGUACCCCAGCCUCCUCCAGGUCUAUCAUUUUAAACUGGAAACCACCUGAUCCUCCAAAUGGAAUUAUCACAAACUACACGAUUUAUAUAAACUACACCAAUGGCAGUGAUAUUGAUGUCCGUACUGUAGAUGGUGAUAUCAGCUUCUACUUAUUACAAGCACUUGUUCCUCAUCAACUUAUCCAGUUAAGCAUAUCAGCUAGCACAGCAUUAGGUGAAGGACCAAGAACUGAAGUUAUAUCCUUAAGAACACUUCAGGAUACUCCAGGACCAGUUGAUAGUAUUUCAAUAACAGUCCUUGCCCAGCAUGCAGUCAAUAUAUCAUGGCAUCCUCCAUCAGAACUUAAUGGGAUUAUCAUUUCUUAUGAAUUUAGAAUCUACAGUCUAUCCCCUGAUUAUUAUUCAUUCACUAAGACUUUGCUACCAAAUCACGACUUCUUCAUUGCCCUUCACAAUCUCCGCCCCUUUGUUCCAUACUAUCUACUCAUAAUAGCCGAAACAAUAGCUGGUAAGGGAGAACUCUCACCUGUACAAUUCUUCACAGCAGAAGCAGAGCCACUGACAUUUCCAAUGGUAACCAGUUAUGAGAGAAUAUCACCAACAGUCAUUAGUCUAUCAUGGAAUAAAAUGAGUCUUGAAAAUUUGAGGGGAUUUCUUAUAUCGUACAAUAUUGCUGUCUCCCAGUCAAUUUAUGACUGCUCUUCUACUAAAAAUGAGAGAGUCAUAGAGACUAAUGCAACCAUGUUAUCAAUAGCUGCUGUCCCAGGGAUAUCUUAUUGUAUAUCUGUGUCAGCUAGUACCAGAGAAGGGAUAGGACCAGAAUCUCCUUCGCUUUUUAUUAAAUCAAAUGAGGUUAAAAGUGCAUUUCAAAUUCAUAUCACAGGAAUAUCUGAUUGUAAAGAAUGGCUGAGUACUAAUGCUAGUUCAAAGGUUGGUUCACUAGCACUUGUGAUCGCAAGUGUCAUCAAUGAAUACUGCAAUUGCAGUUAUUCUGUCAGCUACAUUACAUCAACAAGAUAUCUCUGUGAUGAUAGAUACACUACCAGCAUUGUGUUUCAAGGAGAGCUAAUAGAAACUUCUGUAUUCAAUGGAACACAACUAAUAGGAUUCAUGCAAUCUUGGGCCCAGUCCAGCCCCACAGUGAGCAUUGAAGGCUCCAGAUAUACAAUUGAUGGAGCUUGUGAUGUACUUAUAAAUGAGUUAGGAGUGAUUGCAUUGGAUGGGUGCAGUGUUGGAGCUAGUAAUCCUUCUAGUGUACUAGCUCCUGCAGUGAUUGGCACCCUCACUGGGAUAACUGUUGCUUUCUUUCUCUUGCUAGUACUAACUAUUGCCACUGUGGGUACUGUACUGUGGAGAAGAUCCAAGAAAAGCAGCAAAAGUGACACAAGUCUUGAGCUCCCUACAAGGAGGCCAGGUGUUAGAAUUGGACGUAAAACUUCAAAUGCUUUUGAGCUAGCAAACCCACUCUAUGGUGAUACAGGCAUUGCUCGUGCAAUAAAUGAUGACGAUGAUGCACAAUUGAUGGAUAAUUUAGAAAAUUAAUGUAUUAUAAAAUUAUGUUAAUAAUGUAUAAAUAAAAGUUUGUUUUAUUAAAGUGUA